AUGACAGAACUUCAGGAACCCCAUGAAUUCCUGGCGAUAAAAUGUGAUAAACGGCAGCCGUGCUACAAUUGUGCGACAUCGAAAUUGCAAUGCAAUAGGUCUCGGCAAAAACGCACAGUCCGUCAGAAAGUCAAUACCAAUGAGAAGAUCCAGGCAAUUGAUCAACGAUUGUCAGCUUUGGAGGAAGUGCUGUGGCACAGCAAGUUCGCUCAGCAGUCACCGAGUAAUCAAGAUCCUGUUCAACCUGCGGCCUCGGUCCCUCCCGAAGCAGAGGAAGUGACAGAUGUUGUUACAUCCCCAACGGUUCCUCGACAGUCCCUGAAACGGAAACGUACGUUAGAGGUUGCUAUCGAGGACUCUGCCUACUGUACGCCGCUUUCUGACGCCACGUCGACUCGCGAGAAUGAGGCUCGGGCCUUCAUCCGCACGGAGCUGUACCGCAAUCACCGUUUGUCCACCAGUCAACGCGGGGUCCUUCGGUCAGCCCUGACGUUAGUCGAAACACUCUCUCAUGGCGCGGACCUGGCUGGAAAUGACUUUACUCGCUGGGAUCAGGGUGAUGCUCCCACUGCCGAACUCUCGCAGGCGGAUAUCACACAUAUUCUCAUGAGAGAUGGGAAUGAACAACAGAGUGCGGACACGGGCCUUCGGUUCCCUGAUUUCCCCAGAAGGAGCGCUAUAAAACGGAUCGCCUUGGCUCAGUUGGGGGCCACAGUUGACGAGCCAAACGCUAACCUCCACAAAGUUAUCUUGCAUUUCCGAGCAGCUGUGCUAUAUCACGCCUAUACACCGUCAGAAGUACGUGAGGUUUCUCUGCUGAGGUCCGUUGAAGACCUGAAAACCAAGCACUUACAUGCGUCUCUGGCUGCACUGAACCGCGUCGGGUUUCUAGCACCUCCGUCCCUGCUCCUGUUGCAGGCACUUGUUACUGGAACCCUUCAACAGGCUAUUAUUAUGGCAAUUCUAGGGGAUGUGCAAGGCUGCCUCACGCUAACUGUCUCGGCCUGUCGCACUGUAGUCGCUACUGGAUAUCAUCUUGUCACCGAUACAGUCGCGAAGACAGACGAGGAUGAAGAAGCUCGAUUGUGCAUUGUCUGGUGCUACCACUUCGACAAGGCGAUGAGCAUGCUCCUCCGAAGGCCUCCAGUGCUGCCGAAGUUACGGGCAUCCGUCCUCGAUCUUGUGGGUCACAGCCCUAGAGAACCGAUGGCGGUUGUCUUCAAGCUUUUCACGGAAUUGGCUCAAGUGCAGGAAUCCGCCAUGGAGCUUCACUUUUCACAUAAUCAUGGAAGCGAUGAAGGGUGGUUAAUUAGUGAGAUUGGCAUCCUGCGAAAUCAAAUGAAUAGAAUUCACAAUUCUAUACGCGAACUUUCCGAUUCAAUUUCCCAUGAGUCCAAUCUGGACGUGAUCUUACAUGUGUUGAAUCUAGACUUCACCGCUCAUGCCAUUGAAACGGCUAUCCUUCGUUUAAAUCCCAACAUGUUGUCCGAUGCAACCUCACGGAACACAUGCCUCUCCUGCGCCAGAAAAGCGCUCUUAUCUUUUCAGAAGAUACAGAGCUUGGUCUCUGGGGACCGGAAUGCCCUUGGAGGCUACCAAUUUUACUUGUCAUGGAUGGUCGCUACCUAUCCUUUGUGCCCAUUUUUUGUUUUGUUCUGCCACGUUGUCUGCACUGCUAACAACUCAGACUUCAAUCUCAUGGAGAACAUUUCUACUGGGUUUUCUGGCCUGCCUGCCCCGAACAAGCACAUUGCGAAACUGCAUACCCUGUGUCGCACACUUGUUAACAUCUGUCGACCACUAGUCGUACGGCCACGGGAUGCUAUCACGUCCGCAAAUGUUCCUGGACAUGAGGAGUGUUCGGGACUGGAACGAAGGCAAGGGACAAUGACUCCUACCGGCACCGGAAGUGACGAUCAUAAUCCACCGAGAAGCGGGCAGAAACCGGACCAUGCCAGGUCCAGCAUUGGCACAGCUUCAGGAACGGGUUCACUUAUAUCCUUAAAUGGCGAGGGUUGGAGUCUGGGUGUUGACGCUCCAACGGACCCCACGCUGUGGGACAACGAGCUGAUAUGGCAGCUCUUUAAUUCAGAACCUUCGAUAGAUUGGUACAAUGCCUGUGAUUCCAUUGUAGAUUGGGGCUCAGAUUCGCACUGA